AUGACAAACGUUUAUAAUGGUAAUAAAAGCCUGAAUGAGAAUGAAAUAAAUAAAAAAAAUGCACAUAUGAAUUCUUAUUCCUAUCAAAACAUGAUUAAUAAUAAUAAUAAUAAUUUAAAGACCAGAAAAAAUAAGGAUCUUGACGUAGUACCAAAAGAAGAUAUCGAAAAGAAAAAGUAUGAAAGCCAAUUUUUCAAUAAUAAUAACAAUGGUAAUAGAAAUAAUUAUUAUCACAGGAAUUAUCAAACUGUGGAUGAAAUAAAUUACAACAAAAAUAAUAUACAUCAAAAAGCGUAUGAUGAAAUAAUUUCAAAGGGUGUGUAUGAAUAUCAAAAACAUUUUGUGCAAACAAAUGUAUAUAAUAUAAAUGAAAAAGACAAUCUUUCUAAUAACAUAGACAAAAGUCUUUACUACAGUAAAUCAAAAUGUGGGUCGAUAGAUGAAGAGCCAAUAUCAUGCGAAACAAUAAAAAAUGACGAAGACAAUGAUAAUAGUAGUAGUGAUAUUAAAAAUUGUUUAAAUCCGCUAAUUAAACAAAAUAAUGAUGCAAUAAAAUCAUUUACAAUCUCAGAAGAACAACACAAUAAAGAAAAUAGUAAACAAAACUAUGCGCAAAUAGAUUAUGAAAAAGGUACGAAUUACGAUUCACAACAAAGUUUAUUAGAUAAUGAUCAAAUGCAAUAUCAUGGAGCUUCUCAAAAUACUAUAAAUAUUAAUUCAGAUCAAAAUAUUUCAGAAAUAUUCAAAAAAUAUAUGUCUGCAGGUGGGGACCAUCGAAUUCCUAUUGAAAAUAAUAAGCACAGUGGAGAAUAUAAAAGGGGCCAAACUUUAUAUACGAAUGUUAGGCAUAACAAGGAUGAAGUAUAUGCAUCUGAUCAAAAUAUGACAAAUGAAUACAAAAAUAAUAAUCCGAUGUUUAAUGUAAAUACAAAAAAUUCUGAUUAUUACCCUUAUCAAUGUAGUUCACGAGAAAAUGAUAUAUUAAGUGGUACUUCAGAAAUUAUGCAUAAAUCGUUUUCUCAAAAUGAGUCGAACAACUUUAAUAGGCAUAGAGAAUAUUAUUCAGAUAUUAAAAAUCAGAAUUUUUCAAUGAAAUGUGGUCAUAAAUUAAGUAACUUGUAUUCAUAUGGACAAAAUAGUAUACAUAAAAGUGACGAAAUAAAUUACUUGUCUGAACAGGAACAAACGGAGGAAAAUGAUGAUAUUGGAGAAAUGGAAAAAACACGACUCCAACCUACUGAAGGCAAUAUUGAUAAUAUACAAAAUAUGAGAAGCAUAUAUAAUUUGCCAAAUAUUAAUCUUGACAAUUUAAAAAUAAAUAAUAUGCAUAACAACUUCUCACAUUUAAAUAAUCACAAUGUAUAUAUGCCUAAUGAUAACACUAGAAAAAUAAUAGAACAUAAAAAAGACGCGACUAACCAUGGAUUUAUUACAGUUAAAGUUUUAGAUCAAAAUAUUAAUGAGAAUUGUUCAAAGGAUAAAAAAAUGAAAUUUACACAAAAUUUAAAUUCCACAGAUUGUCACAUCUUAAAUAAGGAUAUUUAUUAUUCCCCAGAUAAUACUCCUGUUUCUAAAAAUUAUGAUAACAAUUAUCAAUAUGUUAAAAUUAUAAAGGGUAACGAUAACUCUUUAAACAGACAUAGUAUUAUGCAGAAUACAAAUUAUGAUGUUUUAAAGACAAAUUCUGCAUUGGCACUGAAUUUUGAACAAAAUUCAAAAAUAGAAAAUGCAACACAUGUAAAAGAUGUAGAUUCAAACACCCAUGGUAAUAGAACAAGUACAGAUGCAGAUGAUGUUAUUAACAAAUAUAAAGGUGGAAAGGAACACCUAAGUAAAUAUAUACAAGAUCAAUACAAUUUGGAUGAAAUAAAAGAUUGUCUUCCUGAACCUACAUUAUAUACCGACCAAAAUUUUGAUGUACCUAAUAUUAUUCAAGGAUUGACAAGAGAAAAUAAAAAUGGAGUUACAACAAAUUGUAACCAUGACACUAUAAUUGAAUAUAAUAAUAAAUGGAGAAUAGUUAAUGGAAAAAGAUUUUCAAUGAGCCCUAAUGAUCAUAUUCAAUCCGUUGAAAAUUCCGCAAAAAUUUUCGAACAAUAUUUAGAUAAAACAAAUAAAGAUACAAUAAAAAUACUCAGAAACAGUAAAUUUAAUUCAAUGACAGGAAAAUUAACAAUAAAUCCAAUUAAGGAAGAGGAUAAUAUAAAAGACGUAAAAGAUCACACUUUUGAUUAUUACGAUAUUAAGAAUUCUUAUCCGGCCUAUUACAAUAUAAACGCAAAAAAUGAGAAAGAAAAAAAUGAACACAAAUCAAUUAAAAAGCAAAAUAUACCAUUAUGUGGAGAUUAUCAUUUAAAACACAAAAUUAAAGAAUUCAUAUCUCAAAAAAUAAAGGAUUGCAUUAACUUCAAUGUUCUUAAUUAA